GAAUGGGCUCAUACUAUAAAAUCAUGUUCUUCAUCAUCAAUGCAUCUUUUACUGUUGAGUGUAUUUAGCUGGCUUACAAAUGAACUCUGGUUUGUGUUCUGCUACACUAGGUCUGCUUUGUUUUCUGCUUUCAACAAUGGGAGGCCAGGCCAACACUGAGCUACCAGAUGUCCUAAGGGGUAGCUACAAGGGGUCUUUUGCUUACAAGACUAUCUCAGAAAGAAUGCCAGUCAUCCUUACCAAGGUGAUAGAUCUAUUUCAUAGAGAGAAGAUCAACAUAGGGAACCAAUAUGGAGAUGCAGCCAAGGAGAAGCUGAAACAGAUCAACGGCAGCCUGUCGGAGCUGAAGAGCACCAUGCAGCGGAACAAGCCGCUGCAGCCGCUGGCGGGCGCCGCUGCCGACGUGCCGCUGUGGAACCGCCUGCUGGAGGAGCAGUGGGUCGACGGAGAGCCCCCUGUCUGGUUCGACGCGCCCUGGCUCUUCGUCGAGUGCUACAUGUACCGACGCGUCCGGGAAAUACUCGAAAAUAGCGGGGAGCUGCGGGAUUACGAUUACUUCGGCCAGCAGAAGCGGGACACCCUGGAGGCCUCGAUGGCCGCCAUUGAGCUGCUGGGAGAACACCUGCUGGAGACUGUGGCCGACCCGGCGAGCCUCUCCGGCCAGCAGGUCAAACGGGCCUUCUCAGACUUCAUCGGGAUGUCUCUGUGGGCGAACAAGAACGACCUGUCGAUCAGUGCCGGGGCGCACGUCUCGCAGGAGGCGUCUCCGCUGGUGCAGCUGGUCGAACUCAACCAUCGAGUGCUGGUUAAUGACAGUGAGCAGGUGUUUGCUCAGCUGCGGAGACUCCGGGACAAACGCGACGUCAGAAUCGACAUUGUGAUGGAUAACGCCGGUUUCGAGCUGUUCUCGGACCUGUGCCUGGCCGACCUGCUCACCUCCCUGGGUAUCGCCCAGCGGAUGUCGUUACACAUCAAGGCGCACCCGUGGUACGUCUCGGACACCACCCCUGCCGACGUGCGGCACACACUGCAACACAUGCACUCGGCCGAGGGUAAACCGGCCCUCCGCAGGCUCGCCGAGCGAUGGCAGGGGUACCUGGACGCCGGCACGUGGGUGUUUGAGACGGAUACCUUCUGGACCUCCCCCCUACCCUUCAGCAGGAUGGCCAGCGAGGCGCCGGAGCUGUACGCCCACCUCCAGGGGGCAGACCUGAUCAUCUUCAAGGGCGACCUCAACUACCGCAAGCUGCUCGGUGAUCGGAACUGGCCGCACAGUACGGGGUUCUGUGCUUCCCUCGAGGGGUUCCACCCGGCCCCCCUGGUGGCGCUGCGGACCAUGAAGGCGGACCUGGUAUCGGGCCUGGCCCCGGAACGGGAGGCGCUGACCGCGGGAGACCCCAACUGGAUGGUGUCCGGAGAGUGGGCGCUCAUACAGCUCUGUGAGUGCUCAGACACCGCGCGGGGUGGCGAUGAGCUGUGAUCGAGCGGGGAAACCGGCGGACGGUGUCGUGGACUAGUCAGGGAGAGCGGUGUGGGGCGUGUGACGGGGAUUUACGUUAGCGAAGUGUUCUGUGGAGAUUAUUAACUGUGGAACUGCUAUUGUCAAUUAUUGCAUCGCUGUGCACUAUUUAAUGCAAAUCGGAACUGCCCAAAACGUUUGUGAUUAUUGUGUGAAAUGUGGACUGUGAAGCCGUUACCUGGCCCACGUUCCGCUUCUUUCAAAGAUGCAUGAAUCCUCUCUCAAACUCGAGAUCCAUUUAUUAUUGUCGUUUUGAACUCUCGCAAAUACAAGUGCAAUGCGCAGG